AUGGAGCGUCGAAUGAAGGAGGAGAGUGAGAACACUGGAAAAUUAUAUUUAUGCUUGGAUGAGGCUGAUCGACUAGUCGAUUUAGGAUUUGAGGAUGACAUCAGAGAAGUCUUUGACCAUUUUAAAGCUCAGAGGCAGACAAUCCUUUUCUCUGCUACUAUGCCAACAAAGAUCCAGAAUUUUGCUAGAAGUGCAUUGGUUAAGCCUAUUGUUGUUAAUGUUGGUAGAGCUGGGGCUGCUAAUCUUGACGUCAUUCAAGAAGUGGAGUAUGUUAUCAACUUGUUGGCAAUGGUGAAUGGCAAAGGGCUGACUUCAAAUGGACAUAUCUCAAUAUAUAGAAGUGGUAUUGAGAUGAUUCAAGUUGGAGGUCGGACAGGAAGAUGUGGGAAAACAAGAAUUGCGACAACAUUCAUAAAUAGAAACCAGAGUGAGACUACACUGCUUGAUUUGAAGCAUCUUUUGCAAGAAGCCAAGCUGAGAAUACCACCAGUAUUGGCUGAACUUGAUGACCCAAUAGAUGAUUUAGAGCAGUAA